AUGGCCGAAAACUUGACUAAAUUCAAUAAAAGAAGACAACACGCAAGUUUAUCCACAAAUGCAGUUCCUUCUUUUGAAGAACAAUUGGCUUUAUUGCAAGAAAAUGAAUUACAAGAAAGCACUAAUGCAGGUGAAGUAAUAUUAAUAUGCGAAAAAAAAGUCUGCACUUUUAUUAAUACUGACUAUGUGAAAAUUAAAGAUGAAAGACGUCACCAAAUUUGGGAGCGACCAAAUGUGCAAAAGGUCAAUCCUAAUCAGGAUUCCAUUAUAUUUCAACAAAUUGAAGUAGACGAUUGUGUUGAACCAAAAUCAAGAGAGCCAUUAAUUCGCAUGUUUGGCAUAACAGAGACUGGCAAUAGUGUUCUUUGUUAUGUCACGGGGUUUCGUCCAUAUUUUUACAUUCCGGCGCCAAUUGGUUUCAGAGAAAUUGAUAUGGCUACCCUACAGAAACAGAUCGAGCGCGCUAUAAAUUUGGAUAACGGCUUGAAUAAACCAAUCGAAAGGAUUGAACUUACCCUUAAAGAGAGCAUAUGGGGCUAUCAUGGAAAUAAGAAGAGUCCUUAUCUCAAGAUUAUUUUUAGUGAAACGAAGGCUUUAAAUUCUGCUAGACAUAUCCUUUCUAUUAAAUAUAAUGAUCGUCAACUUCGAGAAUUGACAUUUGAAAGCAAUAUCAAUUAUGUUCUACGAUUUAUGAUCGAUUGCAAGGUUACCGGAGCAAAUUGGAUAGAACUACCACCAAAAAGUUAUUAUUUGCGUAAUAGUUCUCAGAAGACAUCCACUUGUCAAUUGGAAAUAGAAAUCAAUUAUCCUCCUGAAAACGAAUGGUCAAAAAUAGCUCCCUUACGUAUUUUAAGUUUUGACAUCGAAUGCGCAGGUCGAAAAGGAAUUUUUCCUGAAGCUACAAAAGAUCCGGUUAUUCAAAUUGCCAAUACCGUUACGAUACAAGGCGAAAAAAAUCCAUUUAUCAGAAAUGUUUUCACUCUAAACUCCUGCGCCCCAAUUGUUGCAACUGAUGUUAUUGAAUUUUACGAUCAAGGGGAGAUGUUACAAGCUUGGAGAGAUUUUGUAGAUCCUGAUGUUAUCAUAGGAUACAAUAUCGUAAACUUCGAUUUUCCGUACUUACUCGAACGCGCUCAGCAUUUGAAAGUAAAAGAAUUUCCAUACUUUGGCCGUAUGAAAAAUAUAAAGACAGAUGCUAAAGAUACCAAAUUUUCCUCAAAAGCGUAUGGAUCACGAAGACUUCAGCUUGAUAUGUUGCAAGUUAUGCAACGUGAUUAUAAGUUAAGAUCAUAUACUCUUAAUUCUGUUUGUGCACAUUUUCUAGGCGAACAAAAAGAAGAAGUUCAUCAUUCUAUCAUUACUGAUUUACAUAAUGCAAAUAGUGAGACGCGGCGACGAUUAGCCAUUUAUUGCUUGAAGGAUGCAAUCCUACCACAAAGAUUAAUGGACAAACUCAUGUGCCUUAUCAAUUAUAUGGAAAUGGCUCGCGUUACAGGGGUCCCUUUUAAUUAUCUUCUUGUUCGUGGACAGCAAAUUAAAGUAAUAUCACAAUUAUACAGAAAAGCAUUCGAGCAAGAUUUAGUUAUUCCAGCUUUAAAAUCGGAGGCAACCGUCAUUGAACCAGAAAGAGGAUUUUACAAUGUUCCAAUUGCCACACUUGAUUUUAGCUCUUUAUAUCCUUCCAUUAUGAUUGCUCAUAAUCUUUGUUAUACGACGUUAUUGGAUAACAGGGACAUAGAAAAUUUGGGUUUUAAGAGUGAUGUUGAUUACACUAUGACACCAUACAACAAUGCAAAAUUUGUGAAGGUUCAUCAUAGAAAAGGGCUUUUACCUACAAUCUUGGAAGAUCUACUCUCUGCACGUAAGAAGGCCAAGGCAGACUUAAAAAAAGAGACAGAUCCUUUUAAAAAGGCGGUUCUUGAUGGACGUCAAUUAGCUCUUAAGGUCAGUGCGAAUUCUGUAUACGGGUUUACUGGUGCAACUGUUGGCAAACUUCCUUGCAUCGAAAUUUCGGCAAGUGUCACAGCUUAUGGGCGUCAAAUGAUCGAAAAGACGAAACAGGAAGUAGAAAAUCAAUAUACAAUUGCCAAUGGGUACCAACACGAUGCUCAUAUAAUUUAUGGGGAUACGGAUUCUGUUAUGGUGAAAUUUGGUGUGGAUAAUUUAGUUGACGCCAUGGCUUUAGGAAAGGAAGCUUCAGACUAUGUUACAGAGAAAUUUGUUAAACCAAUUAAAUUGGAGUUCGAAAAGGUUUACUUUCCAUAUCUAUUAAUAAAUAAAAAGCGUUAUGCCGGUCUAUAUUGGACAAAUCCAGAAAAAUGGGAUAAAUUAGAUACUAAAGGUAUUGAGACUGUCAGGCGAGAUAAUUGUCUUCUUGUACAAAAUGUAAUAGAAACAAGUUUACGAAAAAUGUUAAUUGAUCGUGACGUCGCUGGUGCUGAGGAAUACGUUAAGAAAACAAUUUCAGACUUGCUUCAGAAUAAAAUUGAUAUGUCACAAUUGGUUAUCACAAAGGCUUUAAGUAAAUCAGAUUAUUCAGCCAAACAGCCACACGUCGAAUUGGCAGAACGUAUGCGUAAAAGGGAUGCUGGUGCUGCUGCUUACGAAAAGUCCGAAGAUCCGAUAUAUGUUCUUGAGAAUAAUAUUCCUAUUGAUACUAAUUAUUAUUUGGAGAAUCAAUUAUCUAAACCGUUAUUACGAAUUUUCGAACCGGUUCUUGGAGAAAAAGCUCAUUCCUUACUUGCUGGUGAUCACACUCGUGUUGUUCAGAUUGCGACACCAACGAUAGGCGGGUUGAUGAAAUUUACCGUAAAAACGGCUACUUGUUUAGGGUGUAAAACUCCUUUAUCAAAGCAUGACACAGCAGUAUGUCGGCAUUGUAAACCGAAAUUGGGUGAAUUAUAUCAGCGACAGCUUGAUGCUGUAAAUAAGCUCGAAGUUCAUUUUUCUCGGUUAUGGACUCAAUGCCAAAGAUGUCAAGGCAGUUUACAUCAAGAUAUUCUUUGUAGUUCAAAAAUAGCUCCCUUACGUAUUUUAAGUUUUGACAUCGAAUGCGCAG